AUGUCUUUAACUAAAACUGUUUUAAACAACUCAUCCGUAUUAAAAGUCAACACUGCCAACACUCGCCAUUGUUUAACUGAUGUCGUUAAGACCGAAGAUUGGAGUGAUUUCCACUUUACCAAAAUCACAGAAUCUACUGUUUCGCGUGCAAUGACUAGUAGAUAUUUCAAAGACGUUUAUGACUACGCCAUUGCUGAUGUUAUUAUUGUAGGUGCAGGAAGUAGUGGGUUAUCUGCUGCUUAUGUCAUUGCUAAAGCUAGACCUGACUUAAAAGUUGUUAUUAUUGAAAGUUCAUUAGCACCAGGUGGUGGGUGUUGGGUUAGCGGCAUGUUGUAUAGUGCCCAAGUCGUUAGAAAACCAGCUCAUUUAUUUUUGGAUGAGUUAGAAGUUCCUUAUGAAGAUGAAGGUGAUUAUGUUGUUGUUAAACAUGCUGCUUUGUUUACUUCUACCAUUACCAGUAAGGUUUUAAGUUUGCCAAAUGUCAAAUUUUUCAAUGCUGUUACCGUGGAAGAUUUAGUCACUAAACCUUGUGAAGAAAAUGACAAAAACAGUAAAUUAACUGUUUCAGGUGUUGUUAUUAAUUGGACUUUAGUUACUAUGGCCCAUGACACCCAAUCUUGUAUGGAUCCUAAUGUUAUUGAGUUAUCUGGUUAUAAUGAAGAUGGUACAAGAGAUUAUAGCAAGAAACAUGGUGUUAUUUUAUCUGCUACUGGUCACGAUGGCCCAUUUGGUGCAUUCUGCGCCAAGAGAAUUGCAGCUUUAGAACCUGAAACAACCGAAUUUAAGUCAAUGAAAGGUUUAGAUAUGAAUAAAUCUGAAGAUGAAGUUGUUAAACAUGCUGGUAGCCACAAGGGUGGUGUUGACAGCAUCUUUUUCUGUGGUAUGGAAGAGGCAGAAAUUUAUGGCUUAAGUCGUAUGGGUCCUACUUUCGGUGCCAUGUUUGUUUCUGGUAUCAAAGCUGGUGAAGAAAUUUUGAAACAUUUUGCUAAAUAA